CUCCCAGCUUAUCUCAUCCUCGCUCUGUACACACGCACGCCCGUCCACCCACCUCUCCGCCUCACAUUCUCACCGCACACCGCACACCGCCGCAAUGGCCGCCCCGCACGACCCUGAUGCCGGCUGGAAGCCAAACAACCGCCCUCAAUCCACCAUCGCGCGAAACUUCAUGUCCGAGCUGGAUGACCUCUUUAAGAUAGACGGGGGCAUCGACGACCUGGACAAGAACAUCCACCAAAAGAAGCAGACCGUGUCCGACCACACGCAGCAGCUCGAAGCGCUCGAGGCCCGCCUCAAGGCCACGGAGGAGCGCCUGAAGCAGGUCAAGAACUCCCCACCGCGGAAGGACACGCAGCGACGGAGUCCCCUCCAGGGCACAUUCCCGGACCAAGACAAGGCUCGACUGGGCGAGAACAGCUCUCCGACCCCCCGCGAGGUCACAUCCGCAAUGCCAGGUGCGCUACCAGAGACUCCCACACCUGACAACAGCACUGAUAAGUCGUACGUUAUGGUAGACCGACCACGCAACCCGGAGGCGGCAGGCAGCAGCGACGAGCGAGCAUAGAAACCACCUGUGACACAAUACACACAUACACAUACACAUACACAGUCACAGGCACAGGCGCAGACACAUCAUAGCAUCAUUCUGUUUGGCGUGCGAUACAACAACGACAUUUAACGAUUUCUGGAGAUACCGGGCUACUUCUGGCGAACAACAGCGAACGCAGAGAGCCGUCUUUUUUGAGCAUUGGAUUGGAUUGGAUUGGAUUGGAAUUUGGUUCGGAUCGGACUGGACAUUCUUUGGAAAAAGGGGUGGGGGGAGGACAUCGGACAUCCGCAUUCGGCGGGGA